UGCCCAAUCAUUGGUUGUCAGUGUGUGAGGAAUAGUGCCCCAUCAUUAGUCAGUGGGAGGAAUAGUGCCCCAUCAUUAGUCAGUGGGGGGAAUAGUGCCCCAUCAUUGGUGUCAGUGGGAAGAAUCGUGCCCCAUCAUUGGUGUCAGUGGGAGGAAUAGUGCCCCAUCAU